ACGAGUGUUAUGUAAUUAUGGUAUGGUGACGUUUCUUGAAUACACGUUACAUUGGUGACAGUAAGACCCAGUGGAAGCCAGUCUACCAACGAGACCAAGCUGUCCUGUCCCCGCACAUUCGCUUUCUUAGCGAGAGAGAUGGUAACGGUGAUGAGCUGACGGCUGUCAUGAAUGUCUAGUUAGGUCUGUAGCCACGUAGCUCACCUCAGGGACACGUUCACAGGUAGGCAACUCGGUGUUCUACAUUUUGAAACGGAAUUUAAAUCGUGCAGGACUGCUGGGAAGACGGCUCGCAAAAUAUCCCAAUUGAGCAGAGGCGCUUGAGAUGCUCAAAGUCACUAUGAUCACAUCAAGACCAGGGACAGCUCCAGAAUAUUGGAUUGAUGGCUCAAAUAAAGAGACGCUCGCAGACUUCUAUGAGCUCGAGUCCGAAUUGGGACGGGGAGCCACAUCUGUAGUGUUCCGAUGCAGGCAGAAAGGCACCCAGCAAGCAUACGCUGUGAAAAUGCUGAAGAAAACCGUUGACAAGAAAAUUGUACGGACAGAAAUUGGAGUCUUGUUGCGUCUUUCUCAUCCAAAUAUAAUCAAGCUGGAGGAGAUCUUUGAGACACCUACAGACAUCAGUCUUGUGCUAGAACUUGUCACCGGAGGAGAGCUAUUUGACAGAGUGGUGGAGAAAGGCUACUACAGCGAGCGAGAUGCAGCUGAUGCUAUUAAGCAAGUGCUGGAGGCUGUGGCGUACCUGCACGAAAAUGGUGUUGUGCACCGGGACCUGAAACCUGAGAAUCUCUUGUAUGCCACCUCAGCACCAGAUGCUCCACUCAAAAUAGCUGACUUUGGCCUGUCAAAAAUUGUGGAUGAUCAGGUCACAAUGAAGACGAUAUGUGGAACGCCUGGAUAUUGCGCUCCAGAGAUCCUCCGCGGGUGUGCGUAUGGGCCUGAAGUUGACAUGUGGUCCGUGGGUGUUAUCACGUACAUCCUACUGUGUGGCUUUGAGCCCUUCUUUGACGACAGAGGUGAUCAGUAUAUGUUCAAGCGCAUCCUGAACUGUGAAUAUGAAUUUGUCUCCCCCUGGUGGGAUAAUGUGUCUCUCAAUGCCAAGGACCUGGUGAAGAAGCUGAUAGUCCAGGAUCCAAAGAAGCGUCUGACAACAUUGCAGGCCCUCCAGCACCCUUGGGUGACUGGGAAGGCCGCAAACUUCACCCACAUGGACACUGCUCAAAAGAAGCUCCAAGAGUUCAAUGCCCGAAGAAAGCUCAAGGCUGCAGUCAAAGCUGUGGUGGCCUCAUCUCGGUUGGGCAGCGCUGGUAGCCAUGGCAACACUGAUGGGAACAAGACAAACUGCAAUGACUCGUCCAUCCAGCAGGGGGAGGAAGAGGAGCAGCCUGAGAAAGAGCAGCCUCAAUUCCACAAUGAGGACUCAUAGACUCCUGGUAAUUCACAGUGGAGCAGAAAUGUUCUCCUUCACUAACAGGAAAAUAUGGCUUUUCCCAGUGGGUCAGAACUAAGGCAACAUGGUCCUUAUGAAAGGACUGAAAGAAUGCACUUGGCUCUUGGUUCUCCCUGCAUGUGACGGGUUUGAGAAAACUCCCAAAUGAACUCUGCAAAAAAAUGUGUCACCAUUUAAAAUACAGUCUCAUCAUAAACUACAAUCUCAUCAUAAAUAUAAUAUCAUAAAAUGUAUGUGUACAUUGCUGAACUCAGUGCAACUAGAUAGGUGAACAAAUAUUUGCUUUUCCGUGAACAAAUAUUAGGUGGUCGUUACAUUUGAGUUCAGUAUUCCCAUAUGGUUCAUUUGUAGUCAAGUAAACCAUAAAAUGACUGCUUUUAAGUUAGAAUUAUUUUGAGGAACAUGGCUUCUAAUUAUAUUACUUAAUAUGUGUGACAUUACAGUGAGCUGCUUUGUUAGAAACAUUUUUAAAUUGGUUUAGGUUUAUAUGCAAUAAACAGCACACUCUGUUUAAGAUAUAAAUAAUACAAUUUCCAUGUGAUCACUGGACUGUAUGUUUACCAGAACUUCAAUUAAGAAUGCCUUAUUAUUAACCAGGUUUUUAAUCUUUACUAGAUAUAAGUAUUUCAUAUUUCAGGAAUAAGAUUAGAUUGUGAGAUUUCAAUUUGAAUGCUAAGUCAGUUUCAACAGGACACAAAGCAGAGAUGGUUUUGUAUAAGAUGCAAGUUGGUUUUGUUUUUUACUUUUUUAUACCUCCACAAAUUAAUGUUUAACAUAUGACUGUGUAGUUAAUAAGAAAAUCCACAAAUUAAUGUUCAACAUAUGACUGUGUAGUUAAUAAGAAAAUACAAGGAUGUUCUUAUGCACAUUCAUUCUCCUGUUCCUAGUGCCAAAAACAAAUUGUCACACUGAUAAGCCCCUUAUCUGCCAUAUGUAAACGUUAUCCCAUCAUAAUUAAACGCUAUUAGGCCAAAAUCCCCAUUUAAGUUAAUCACAAACCUGAUAUGUAAGUGCAGAUAAAAAUUGUAAACAUGUUUUGAUUGAAUGUAAUGUAAUUUAUAGCAUGCUUUAAUGUAAAGUAUCAGGGAAUGCUGUCUAGGAAUUAUUUGACAAAGACAUGCAAGGAAUGUAACACAGAUAUACUUCAUAAGGAUUGCUCUGCAUGUUUAACUUAACUGCUGCAAUUGUCCUUUUAAAAUGCACUGUAUUUUACUUAUAUGAAUUGUGUUAAAUGGUAUAUUAGAAGCUGUUUGAGGGCCACAUUGUACAAGACACAAAGGUGUCAACUUUGUUUAUCUGCCUGUUUCUAUGUGAAAGGAGUAAUUUUAAAACAAUUUGACAAUGGUACUGUAUACUGCAGAAAGAAAUGCAAAUAAAUUAAUCCAAGACCCUGGAA